GGGGUGGUGCUGGUUGGUUGGUGGCUGAGAGCCCCCUGUUCUGGAGGAGCCCCCGCCCCUGCCUGGCUGCCUGGCUGCCUGUUUGCCUGCUGGCGGCCUGUCACUCAGCUGAUGCCGGGCUCCAGGUGAAGAACUGCAGCCUGGAACUGAGGAGAGAGAGAGAGAGAGAGGACACCCUGAGAGCAGCUCUGCAUCCUGUGCAGCGGCUGGCUAUUACCCAUUGAAACCUUCCAAACUGUACUCACCACAAGAAUUUCAACCGACCUUCCCGAUUCCCUUCCCAUUCAACUCCAAUACUAUGUUGGAUCGAGACAUGGGUCCUGCAUAUCCAUCAUCCUUCACAGAACCAGAUAUGGGGAGGCACACGCCGUACGUGGUACAGCCAGACUAUCGGAUAUAUGAGCUGAACAAGCGGCUGCAGACUCGCACAGAGGACAGUGACAACCUGUGGUGGGACGCCUUUGCUACAGAGUUUUUUGAAGAUGACGCUACAUUAACACUUUCAUUCUGUUUGGAAGAUGGACCAAAGAGAUACACUAUCGGCCGAACCCUCAUUCCUCGUUAUUUCAGUACAAUCUUUGAGGGAGGAGUAACAGACCUUUACUAUGUUCUAAAACAUUCGAAAGAGUCUUACCACAACUCAUCCAUCACACUGGACUGCGACCAGUGCACUAUGGUCACCCAGCAUGGCAAGCCCAUGUUUACAAAGGUGUGUACUGAAGGGCGUUUGAUUCUGGAGUUUACCUUUGAUGAUCUGAUGAGAAUAAAGACGUGGCACUUUACCAUCCGGCAGUACCGAGAGUUAGUUCCGCGCACCAUCCUCGCCAUGCACGCACAAGAUCCUCAGGUGCUGGAGCAACUGUCCAAAAACAUCACCCGCAUGGGGUUAACAAACUUCACCCUCAACUACCUCAGGGUAUUUCCCCAAAGCCAGUGCUACAAGAGAGAGGGGACCAGUAAAAAGUUGUGUGUAAUACUGGAGCCAAUGCAAGAGCUGAUGUCCAGACACAAAACGUACAACCUCAGCCCAAGAGACUGUCUGAAAACAUGUUUAUUCCAGAAAUGGCAGCGAAUGGUGGCCCCCCCAGGUCGAACCUCACAAUCAGCUGUAAUACCCUUUCUCCUACGUCACACCGCCUCAACCCCACAACCUCGCUUGGCGCGCCCAGCCCACAACGCAGAACCUACCAGACAACAGACCAACAAACGGAGAAAGAGGAAGAACUCAGCAAACAGCAUCUCAAACAGCAAUGCAGGAAACACCAACAGCACUAACAACAAGAAGAAAAGCCCUGCAGGCAACUUCAGUCUCUCCAGUCAGGUACCUGAUGUCAUGGUGGUGGGCGAACCGACAUUGAUGGGCGGAGAAUUCGGGGAUGAGGACGAGCGGCUGAUCACUCGAUUAGAGAACACACAGUACGACGCAGCAAACGGCAUCGACGAUGAGGAAGAUUUCAAUAACUCUCCCGCUUUGGGAAAUAACAGCCCCUGGAACAGCAAAGCCCAAUCCAGUCAGGAGCCCAAAUCAGAAAAUGCCACACCUCAAGCCUCUCAAUAAACAAGAACAUUUAAAUCUUUUUAUUAUAAACACAUUUUGUGCUUUUUCCCUUAUCGUUUCUUCUUUCUCCAGGCUGCACCUGAGAGUUUCUUGUUUAAAAAUGUCUGCAUUGGGCAGUAUUGAAAUAUUAAAAACCUCUACUUUAUUUUAGUGAGUUCAUAUUUAAUGCUUUGACAAACAGUUGGUAUUAUAAGCCAUGCAACCCGUUAUAUUUUGUGGGCAUCUUAGUAGAACAUGUUUUGUGGUUUCUUUAAAUUGUUUCUAAGUUUGAUCAGUUGCUAUCAUGGGACAUUGGUAGUGAUUAUCGUUUAUAUUCAGGUUUGCAAGAACCUUUGCUGGUCUCUUUUGCUUGUGUAUUUAUGUAAGCUUUUGUAAGGGGACUAACAGAUCAUUUAGAGCAGAUACUAUUUGAUUCACAUAAAUGUUCAGCACAAUGUGUGAAACUUAGAAAUGAGUCUUUGUGUCAUUAUACGGAUGUAUUUUAUGUAUGCUUUGCCAUUAAUUAAGUGUGCCAAUAAACUGUGGUAACAAUGCA